GAUGAACUGUGGCAGUGUUUUCUGGCAAACGCUGACUCUUCUAACCCGGCUCCAAGGCCCUCUGCUGGAGUGGAAACUACUGGAUUGGAUAGUGCCAAACUUCAGUGCUGCUACCGUGCGGUGACCUUGACGUGUCAAAGAUUGUGUUUAAAGGUAAUUCUUUACUGGGCCGGAAAGGAACUUAAUAAUCUUUCUUCCCCCUUUACAGCAGAAGAGCCUUGUCAGUUAGGUUGCGAAGGGUUAAGCUAUUGCAGCAACUUCAACUACCGACCUACGCAACUGUUCCGCAGCUGUGAAGUUAGAGCUGAUCGUGCCGCACGUAGCGACGUUGAAUUGUGGCGUGAAGGUGUGAUCCGCUUGCCUCUGUUGGAUGUUCCCGUGUUAGAUAUAAGCACGUGUUAUCCAGAAACUUGGAAGGCCAUAGCUUGUGUGCUACAAAUUAAACCUUGCCACCAGAGGUCGCACGCUAACGUGAUUUGCAAGUCUGACUGUAUUGACAUUUUGAGCAAAUGUGUGGAUUAUAAUCGACUUCCAACUGAUCAGACUCCUACGACACUUUGCGAAGUGCUCUCUCCCCCUGGAGAGGAUCCACCUUGUAUAUCCUUAAAACCAUACUUAGGAUGUAAGCUAGGAGAAAUGUCUCACCUCGUUGUUCCUAAAGGGUCCUAUGUUCGAAUCCCCGAGGUAUCGCAUGAAUACCACUGUAAGAAAGAGCAGCAAAUUUGUCAGUGUUCAGCCAGUGGAAAACUAGAAAAGUGCAUCAAUCUACCGUGUGUGGAGCAGAAGAGCUGUUGGCUGAAAGGGGACAAAAUACCACACAAUUUUCAGUUUUACAUUGACUGCAACAAGUGUAUUUGUCUUUCUGGCGAAAUUGUGUGUUCCCAACGCUCGUGCCCUGGUAAUACUGAGCUUAAACAAUCCACGUAUAUGUACACCGGUUUACCCUGUAACUGUCCCGAUCACUACGUUCCUGUGUGUGGAAUCAACGGGAAAACAUACCCGAGUGCUUGCUUGGCAAUGUGUGCAGGACUUCGAGAUAAGCAGUUUGAUUUUGGUGCUUGUUCUUCUGUCGAUCCAUGUAAGCCUAACCCUUGUCGUCAUCAUCAGAACAAGUUAACUACUUAUGUUACAGGGAACGAAACUACUAAAGGAUUUGGAUGUAGUGGUAUACGUUGCCCUCCAUUGCCCUCACCCCAUUGCUCUAAUGUUAUUCCACCGGGAGCUUGUUGUCCUGUGUGUGGAGCAGUUGUGGCGUUCCUCUUUAGCCGACAUCAGGCAGACAUUGUAGUCAGAGCUGUACAAGACGUUAAACCCGUUGUUGUUCAGACCAUUGCAGAGAAACUUCGAUAUUAUGUGAAAGUAGCAGAGUGUGACGUCUUCUCAUAUCUCAGCCUAGAGUCAGAAGUAAUUGUCACAGUAACCCCUAUCACAGCGACACCCACUUUUCUACAGGUUGAAACGUGUGUGAAAGAAGCUGAAAAAAUUAAGACUUUGGUAGAAAUGACCAGCCCCGCCAUUUUGACGGAUCUCUCCCUAUCUCUUUUUCUUGCUGCAUCUUUAGAAGGCCCUCUAUCGGGAAGUGUUUCGGCUUGCUCUCCAGCAAUUAGCUUUGUCUAUGCUCCAGGACUCACACUAGUCAUCCUGCUUUUUUCUUUGAUACUACACAGAUGACUGUUAUCCUGACAGUUAACCAGCGAACACGGGUAUCGGGUAUUAGUGAUUUCCUAGGAAAUUGGAGCUUAUAUUUUUCCCAAAGACGAAAUAAACAGUGAAUAUUUCUGUAAGAGACAAUGAUAGAACAAUAAUCCCACAAAACAGUGGAGUUAAACUUGAAAUUUUCUAGCUGUAUGUAUAGAUAUAUAUAUGCGUGUCUGUAUAUGCGCACGUUUAAUUUAUAUUUAUCUUUGACUGAGAGCAGCUUUAAAGAUUUCACUCGAGGUAAGUUAGGUUUUGUCCGACUUGACAUGUCAUAUCUUCUGCACUGACCACUUCAUAGGAGUGUUGAAAUGAUAUUUUGUUAUUUAUUUAUAAAUAACAAAGGAAAAAUGUAUGAACUAUUUUUAUUGAUUAGAUGUAUUUAUUGUAUUGCAAUUUACCUAUGUUUAAUAAUUUAUUGUGCUAUUGUUUUUCUUUCAUUGUAAAUUUAGUUUUUCUAAUCUUCAGAACUAAAGUAUUCGCGAGUCUCUGCUUCAGUGUCAGAUCAUCUAAGAAUAAUUUAUGAUCAAUAUCAACCUUUUAGUAUGAAACUAAGAAAAAUAUAUACUAUUUUGACAAAAACCCAAAGACCUAAUCAAUUUAUUUUUACACGAUAUUUCCUGAUUGAGUGCUUCAAGGAACAUUUGCCUGAGUGAUUGAUUCGGUUUGCAGUUGGAAAGAAUCAAGGAUUUUCUCUGGAAAACCAGAACGUUUAUUAUAUUCCAAAUGCUUUAGAUUUAUUGAUACCGAUUCGAUAAUUGCUACAAUAUGCUGUGAUUUAUUCUGAAAAAUGAACAAACAUUUUUCUUCUUUACCGAAGGACGAAAACACCUAUCUCACCUACUUUGCUUAAAAAAAAUCGAAAAUCUGAACUUUCCCGGAAACAAUUAUCUGUUAAAAGUCAAAUAACAAACAAAUAAUACAAAACAUAUCUAAGAUGAUUGAAAUUGGAACUCUAAGUAGGAGACGCUGGAAGAUUGUUUGUCAAUAUGCUAUAAACACGAAAAAUGAUCUAAACAAGAACAAGAUCACUGGUGCUUUAGAUCUCGAAUAGCUGUUUGACAUAUUCUGUUGUGUGCUUUUUUUUAGCUUACCAGAAAAUUUUUUUCGGUUACAGUCUCGACAAGAAUAUAAACUGUCAUUUGUUACAGCCAAAUGAAACUAGUUUCGUCAGUUUGUCUGUCAGAGAAGUCUACAAAAUUAUUAUUUUUGUACUUGAAAUUAAAAAAGGCUAGAUUGAAAGUAAACAGUCUAUUCUUUAUGAUACAAUAAAAAGAAACCUAAUGUUGUGGUUAAAAGGUUUCUUAUCAAAGUAAUCGGCAUUGUGGAGUUGAACUUGUUAUUUUAUAACCUGUUUAGUAUAAAUAUUUCAGACAUACAGUUUCAAUUACUUUAACUAAAAUGCUAGCUUUUAGCUAUAUCUAAGAAAUGUUGAAUUUUCUUUUUCUGUAUUGACAUUAUGGGAGAU